AUGUCCAAUCGCAGCCCACUGCUCUUCUUCACUACUCUGACAGUCAUAUCGAUUUUGUUACUCCAAUCCCCAGCAAGUUUCGCGAGCUAUGGGGGAAGAGAUGCUAUACAGGCUCUAGUUACCCGUCUGGAUUCUCAAAGGUUUUCUUCAUCAGUUCAAGAAACUGCAGCUUAUGGUGUUCUGAGAAGAUUGCUUCCCCUUCCUGCCUACCAAAGCAGCUUUGUCUUCAAGAUUGUAUCUAAGGAUUCUUGCGGUGGAAAGAGUUGUUUUAUGAUAAGCAAUCAUCUCAAGUCCAGCCGGAGUGGGGCCGAGAUAAUCAUUAAAGGAACCACAGCAGUGGACAUCGUAUCAGGCUUGCAUUGGUACAUAAAGUAUAGUUGUGGCGCCCAUGUUUCAUGGGAUAAGACUGGUGGCAUUCAAAUUGCUUCAAUUCCCAAGCCUGGAUCACUGCCUCGUGUGAAAGAUGAUGGGGUAAUGAUUCAGAGGCCUGUUCCUUGGAACUACUACCAAAACGUUGUUACAUCAAGUUAUUCCUAUGUAUGGUGGAACUGGGAGAGAUGGGAGAACGAGAUAGACUGGAUGGCUCUCCAGGGUGUUAAUCUGCCUUUGGCAUUCACUGGACAAGAAGCAAUUUGGCAGAAAGUCUUUAUGAACUUCAACAUCACCGCGCAUGAUUUAGAUGGUUUCUUUGGUGGACCUGCUUUCCUUGCAUGGGCUCGCAUGGGAAAUUUACACGGCUGGGGUGGUCCUUUAUCACAAUCAUGGUUGGAUGAACAGUUGGUCUUACAGAAACAGAUACUCACCCGGAUGCAAGAGCUGGGCAUGACCCCAGUGCUGCCAUCGUUUUCUGGAAAUGUGCCAGCUGCUUUGAGCAAGAUUUUCCCUUCAGCUAAGAUAACGAGACUGGGAGACUGGAACACUGUGAACAAAAACCCACGUUGGUGCUGCACAUACCUUCUUGAUCCUUCCGAUCCUCUGUUCAUUGAAAUUGGAAGGGCUUUUAUACAUCAACAGUUUAAAGAAUAUGGAGAUGUAACCGACAUCUACAGCUGCGAUACAUUCAAUGAAAAUUCCCCACCUACAGAUGACCCAGAAUACAUAAAUUCUUUAGGUGCUGCUGUCUACCAAGCAAUGUCUGCUGGUGACAAGUAUGCUGUGUGGUUAAUGCAAGGCUGGCUUUUCUAUUCUGACUCCGCAUUUUGGAAGCAACCUCAAAUGAAGGCACUUCUACAUUCCGUCCCGUUCGGCAAAAUGAUUGUACUCGACCUGUUUGCUGAGGCCAAGCCAAUCUGGGAAAGUUCCUCUCAGUUCUAUGACACCCCAUAUGUCUGGUGCAUGCUGCAUAAUUUUGGUGGAAACAUAGAAAUGUAUGGCAUAUUGGACUCAAUAGUUUCAGGUCCUGUAGAUGCCCGUGUCAGCAAAAAUUCAACCAUGGUUGGUGUCGGCUUAUGCAUGGAAGGAAUAGAGCAAAACCCAGUUGUCUAUGAGCUAAUGUCCGAAAUGGCAUUCCGGAAAGAAAAAGUUAAAGUUUUGGAAUGGCUGAAGACUUAUGCUCGCAGACGAUAUGGUAAAGCAGUUCCUGAGAUUGAGGCAGCUUGGAACAUUCUCUAUCACACUGUUUACAACUGCACAGACGGAAUUGCUGACCAUAACACAGACUUCAUAGUAAAAUUUCCAGACUGGGAUCCAUCGGUGAACCCUAGGCACAUCAUAUCUAAACAGGAUGAGCUACAUACGCUCUUUGGAGGGGGGAGAUACUUAUUCCAACAGCAGAGGAGUUCCGAUUUCCCUGAGGCACACUUGUGGUACUCGAACCAUGAUACAGUGAAAGCUUUGCAACUAUUUCUUGAAGGGGGAGAUAUAGUUAAUGGCAGUCUCACUUACAGAUAUGACUUGGUGGACUUAACCCGUCAAGUUCUGUCCAAGAUCUCAAACGAAGAAUACACCAACGCCAUUCUUGCUUUCCGCAAGAAAGAUAUUAGUGCUCUGAAACAUCACAGCAGGAGAUUCCUGGGGCUGAUCAAGGACAUUGAUGUACUUCUUGCUUCCGAUGACAAUUUUCUACUUGGGACGUGGCUUGAAACCUCAAAGGCACUGGCUUCAAAUCCAAUCGACAGUAAGCUGAAUGAGUGGAAUGCGAGAACACAAGUGACUAUGUGGUAUGAUACAACAGCAGCUCUUCAGAGCAAGCUUCAUGACUAUGCCAACAAGUUUUGGAGUGGGUUGCUGGAAGACUAUUAUCUUCCCCGAGCUUCGACUUUCUUUGGCCAUCUGAUAAACAGCUUGGAGAAGAAUGAACAGUUCAAGAUGGUGGAUUGGAGGGUAGAAUGGAUAGCAUUAUCAAACAAAUGGCAAGCAGGUUCAAAGUUCUAUCCAGUGAAAGCGCGAGGGGAUGCUCUUUCUAUCGCUAGAGGGUUGUAUGAAAAGUAUUUGAGAAAUUGA